AUGCACUUAACAUUUGUAGUUAUUCUCUGCCUUUCGCACCUCUCGCAAAUGAGAGCCAAUUCCCAGAUAGUGUACAAAUCCACAAACAUAGAAUGCUUUCCCGAUCCCGCAUUCGCGGUAAACUCGACAUGUCGCAUAAGGGCGGUUAAUUGGAAUAAAGCGGUUGCCCAAAUGGACUGUGAUCUCAUUACACCUUUGGCAAACACAUCGGUGCAAAUCGAAGUGUUUAAGAAGAGCGACAACAAUCGAUAUCAACCAUUUCUGGUCAACGUGACCGUGAAUAUGUGCGAUGUCAUAUCCAAAAGAAACUUCAUACCGUACGGCACGAUGUUUUGGAAAAUACUCAAAAAACAUACGAAUGUUAAUCACAGCUGUCCAAUAAUGCCGGGGCAUCUAAUCGCAAGAAAUCUGUACAUUGAUAAAAAUAUUUUGCCCAGAUUCCCUUUGGCCUUCUAUCAAAUUUACCUGAAAGUCAUUGAGAACUAUGCGGAUCGACCCAGCAGAACCGCUGGCGUCAUAAAAUUCUAUGUUCAAGCUAGGGAAAUGGUGAAAACAAAAAAGAAAAAGGGAACAAAUGAAGCUAUAUGA